CAAUGAUGGAUUCCGUGCGUCGCCUCCUGUUGGUGUCGCGCGGGACGGGAUGCGUGGCCUCCUCAUGCUGAUGGAAAGCACUAAGAAGGACAGCAAAGUCUUGCCGCCAAUGCCGGAGGUUAGGGGUGUAGAGUUCGUGGAGUUCGCAGCGGACAAUGCCGCUGCACCGAAACUUGCCGCUACCUUCGCUGCAUUGGGUUUCGCACCAAGCAUGACGCACAAAACCAAAUCUGUGUCUGCGUUUGCGCCGGCGGGUGUUGGUGCUGAGGAGGGGAGGAAGACGAAGUUGUUGAUCAAUACUGAGCCGGAGUCGUUUGCGCAAAAUUGGUUUCAUAACCGUGGGUGUGGGCCGUGCGCUAUCGCGAUUCGUGUUUCGUCUGUCACCGCCGUUAUCGACCGUGCGGCUGCACUUGGGUACGAGAUUGUUCGCCAGGAGAAGGUCGGGGAGGGUGAGGCGAGACUCACGGCGGUCUUGGCGCCAGAUGGGAGUUUGGUCUAUUUCGUGGAUGAAGAGUGUGGAUUCUGGAAAGAGGAUUUCGAUGGAGCGUUGAUUGAGGAGGAGGAGAGAGAUGCGGGGGUGAGUUUGGAUCAUCUUGCACACGCAGUUUCCCCUGUCGCACUUCCAGCUCAUACGACCUUCUACCGUUCGUUGCUUGGGUGUACUCCGUCGAGUACGGUACAUGAGUUAACGGAUCCGUAUGGGACUACGAAGUCGAGUGCAUUUGUGGGGGGUGUUGGUGAUUGUUUGAGGUUCCCCAUUAACAUCUCAGAUGCGCGUGGGACGCUGACCGGACGGAUUGCGGAGGCGGGAGGAGGUGUUCAUCAUAUUGCGCUUUCUGUGCGGGAUAUUUUUGCGUAUGUUGAUGAAGUACGGGCGCGGGGUU